AUGUUCUUUUCAGGACAAAGUCUUCUGCAGCAUGGAGCGGUUAAUUUCACCGUUGUAUCUCCAAGCCUACUCCACUGCAGAACCGUGCGAUACCCUCAAGCAUUUUCCAGCUCCAGUAACAUCCGUGUUCUCGCAUCCAUCAGCCAUGAAAACGAAUCGCUAAGUGUGCACGAUUCAGCAGUUGUUUGGACUACAGAUGUGACACAGAACAGCUUCCGCAUUUGCGUGCUAGAGUCAGGCCUUGGUACAAAUGGAUCCGCUGUAGUGAACUGGAUUGCGUUUCGUGGCACGCCCUCUGGCGCCCUCGACGGCGCCGCCUCCUUCAACGCGUUCACCAGCGGAACAAAAUGUGACAGAGUUGACUUUGCUCAGGUAUGGUUUCGAUGCCGCGUUGUUUUCUUUUUAAGCGUUCGCAAAUUAUUUGUAAAAGCCAAGAGGAGGUCUUAGAACUGAUGAAAUUUUCCAGAUAGUUAGCUACAUUGUGUGUGGAGCCGGGAUGCUUUCUCCCUACCCGUAUUAGUAGAGACAAUUAUUGGGAUGGUUGCUAGGGGGAAGUUAAGUACUCACUUGGGUAGUUAAUUGAAUUUGAAUAGCGAAAUGUCACCGCAUUGUUCCCCUCUCAGUUAUACUUAAGGAGUUAAUGCUACUCGAGUGACUUUGAAACAAAUGUUUAUUUAACGCCCAGUUACAAAAACAAUGGGGGUAAAUUACCAUUGUGGAUUAUGUCUAUUCUUGACCACCAAGAAUUAUUGCGUUUUGAGCGAUUAAGUUAGAAAGAACCGACGUUUAAAACUUUUGUUAAAAUAAUAUUUACCAUUGACUGUCAAUUCCAUAGUUUCUUUGAGGGAAGGGAUAAACUGCCCACCUACCACUCCCAUAACCCAACGUUAACAAUAACUUCUAAAUAAGUCAAAAUGUUUGGUUAGGGGAGGGGUAGGCAGGCACUCCUAGUUCUUAGAAUCCUAUACUGAUCCAAGGGUGCGCUGGGUACUACUAUGAUGUAAUCGACAUGCCACGAGCAUGGGACAAUGAAAAAAUUUGAGUUCACGACAGGAAUUGAAUCUAUGCCCUUCCGUACACCGGUCGGAUGUUCUAACCACUGAGCUACGAAGGACUCGUGACGAGCUAGACCAUAUUAAUACAAGGUUCAUGUAUGACAUGAGUCCUGCAUACUGCUAAGGAUCAGCGAUGUCGAAUUCGUUAGGAGUGUGAUAAAUAAAGAAAGAUGGUAAAUUCUAAGCUCGGUGAAGAAAUGACAAAUGAUUUAACAACAUGUCACGCGCAUGGAACAAGGAAAAAAUCUGAUUCUGACAGGAAUUGAACCUAUGACUUCCCGUUCACCGUUCGGAUGCUUUAACCACUGAGCUAUUUGUAUGCAGUAAACUGCUGCUUAUAAGUGGGGCUAGUUAUACAUCUUCGUAAGGGGUUUUAGGAUCGCUAAUGGGGCCUAUAACCGGUAUAGGAAAAAACUCUUCGAAACAAGCUAUAGCAGUGCUGAUUAAAAUUCGUUUUCGUUUUGUAUUAACUGGGUUUUAAUUAAGCGUCAAACGUAAUAGUUGCAGGGAAGAUGGGGUCCUAUUUGUUUUUUUUUUACUAGACUUGCCCAAAGUUAUACGCGGUUCUUCGCGAGUUUUCUCAAACUUUUCGUGUUUCAUUUGGUAUUCGCAUCUCGGCCUUUGUUCUUAUUUCUACCAUGAAGUCCGUAGUUUGAUAAUUAAAUUAAAUCAUGAUGCACUCGUGACAGGUGUUUGUACAUGUUAAUGUAAAAAUAUUGUAAAAUAAUCUUAAUCACCCGAAACAGUAGAUUCAGUGAUAUCCAUUUUGUCUUUCAGAGGUUUCCUUCUGUCCCAAAAGUGUUGGCCACUACACGUCACACUAGUAUCAGCAGGCCACAGGACGCCAUGAAUAUGUGGAUAGAAGAGUUACAGGAAGACCACUUUAGAGUCUGCCUGCGGGAAGUCAAAACAUUUGACGGAAAGCACCAAAAUAUUCAAGUGGUAAGUUGGUCUGUUACAUGAGUUUUAAUUGCCGCAUACUCUUAAAUAUGGUUGUGAGUAAUAAUUUGCGCACGACCUCAGUGGCUGGAUACACUUAAAUUAGGAUUAUCAAAACACAGUAUGAGUUUCUGUCUUUUUCAUUUGCGUCUUAACCCUGGGACGUACAAGGGGGGCAUCCACCUCCCAUAAGGUUUUUCUGAGUUUUUUCCUAGAGGAUAAAACAUCAGUACCUGACGUUUUCAUUAGCUGUUCAUUUAUCCCUUGCGCACAUUUUGAGACAAGUUGAGUGAUGGUCAGUUGCUAUGGUUACGAGAUACGACGUCAUAAGUAGCAGGUGGUCAAGCCAAUUUUGGGUGAAAAUACAUGUUUUUUCAACCUCUUUCAACAAUAAAAGUAAAUCUUGUGGCUAUAAUCAUGCAAAGUGCUUUUUUAUGUAUUAUUUUUCAUGUAAAGCACAAAAAAUUACCAUUUCUCGCGGUUUAACCUGAUUUCCAAUUCUUGGUAGAAUCCAAGAUGGCGGCCAAAAUAGCGACCAUUGUUGAUGACGUCACAGGUCUCUAGCAGCGCCAACACCGCUAUACCUCAUCUUGUUAAGAAGAUCAAAGGCUUUCCACUAGAGAUAAAAUCGUUUCGAAAUACUGCAAAAUAUCGAAAACUCCUGGGAGGGGUUCCGUCCACCCCCUCCCUCUUGUACCACGGUGGGGGUAUGAAUUGGCGUGUACGUCCUAGGGUUAAGAAGUAAUAAGUAAGCUGAUAGUAAAAUGAAAUAUCGGACCGGUCAUCAAAGGUUAUCAAAAAAAGAAAAAGCGUCAAUGACCUUCUGAUUCCUUUUGUUAAAAUUUCACUAUCCGUUGGAAUUAUUAACUCCGUCAGUUUGACAAUUACAGUAUCUUCUCUAUGCAACAAAUAUUAAAUUAGCAACUGACUGCAACAAGUUGUUUUGUUUACUAGGACUGGUUGGCCUUUACGCAGGGAACUGGUGAGAUGACAUUUCAUGGAAAACUUCAGUUUGAAAACGGUGGGGCUCCACUGGAACGAGACAACUUCGCUUUCUGCAAGGUAAUGACAAAUUUGGUAGUAGGGCGUGAGAAAGGUUGAUAUUUGGCCUUUUUCUAGCAACUUGUUUGCGUCGCAAAGGGUAGAGCUUUGCCAUGAUGAACUUGGUGAUAAAUCAAAGGACUCAUUCCGCUUCAGAAUUUUUGUUGCAAUUAUUAUGUCCUGUGUUGCCUUAAACAUGUGUAGCAAAUGUAAAACGUUCCUUCUCGUUUCUCGUCUCUCUUCCCUGUCCCCUCCCUGUUAUAAUGUAUGCUAACUUUGCUUCUUUUCCCUCCUUCACAGGUUCUUAACUAUACCGAGGCGUUUUAUGCACCUCCCGUUGUUAUGGUUACAGUCAGUCAUCUUUACGACAGCAAUAACGUGUAUUCUGUUAAGCCGGAGAACAAUAUUCUAAACGUUUGGAUAGAGGUAAGAUAGCAAUAACCUUGCGAGGCCCCUAGGCCUCAGUAUUUCACCGGGCCUAUGCUGUUGCUACGUGAUCCGAGCUCCGCUAUGUCACUGAAAUGCAUUUACUGUGAAGGACUUGGAAUGCACUAAGCAAGCAAUAUCUUUGAGAGACAUUCGCACGAUUAGUCGCAACUUGACUAUGAAUAAAUUUCUAGAUUAAAUCAGGCAUCUAAUAGCUUGAUUCCUGACUGCUUUUAUAGUUUAUUUACCUGAAUAAGUUUUUACAAUUUGCUACUACAGGAAAUAACGAUUUCAUCUUUUCGCGUAUGCGUUAAGGACUUGGCAGGAAUGGAAAGCCAACAUGAUCCAGUUACUGUUCAUUACGCAGUCAUUGGAGGUAAAUAUUCUAGUCAGAACUAAGAUGCAGCGUAGCAUUCGCCUGUUCCUAAGUAUUUUUUUCAUCUCGUUGCUCCUUUGAAACUACUGCCAAGGAUGGUCGAAAGAAGGCUAAAAUAAUACUUUCAUUUAGUGCUCUCACAUGUUAACGCGCGAAAAACGAAGAGUAAGAGAAGAAAAUUAUAUUUUUUUUCAUACUCGAAGAGCAGACUAAGAUGAUUUAGAACUUAUAGAUAUUUGCAUUUUUAGCAAUUGUUUAGUUCAACUGUAGAAACAGUUAACAAAUCAAGCGAGACAUAAAAUUAUCAAUAAUGAUAAUAGUAAUAAUAUUUAUUCCUUUUAUUACGCAUUAUAACAUUAAAAAAUAUGAUCAAAUGCGCAUAACACUCUAUUAAGGCUAAAAAAAGUUAUAUUACAUACUCUCUAUAUUCUAAAGCUUAAUCAUUUGUUAUAUUUCCUUCCUAAUGGGUAAUUCAGCAUAACUCAUACCAAGUAAGAAGUGAAAAGAGAAGAUAAAAGUAGAAAAUAAAAACCUACGAUCGCUAAAGACAGGUCGCUAUAGGCCUCUUUAAAAUAAUGCGUCUUAAUGAGUCUCUUAAACUUAUCAAAAUCAUUCUCUUUCUUAAUAUAGUCCGGUAAACCGUUCCAUUUCUUUGGAGCAGCUGCAGGAAAUGAUCUGUCCCCAAGAGUGCAUUUGAACUUAGCGGUAGGGUCUUGCAAAAUAACGCCCACAUUAUCAAAUAAAUAAUGAUAAAAAAAAACAUCAAUUAAUAAGAGAACUUACAUUUGAUUUGGUCAAGAUUUUUCAUUUUAAAUUGUUGUGCGUAUCAUUUGUUAACAGAUCUUGACCCGUGCAUCAAUGUUUCCUGCAAGUACUUUGCAGUAUGCAAGGCGUUUGGUCCCAGGGACGCGCGGUGUAUUUGCGUGGAUAACUGUCCAUCAUUCGAGGAGCCUGUGUGUUCCUCCAAUGGAACUACAUACGAUAACGAGUGUGUGUUCCAGCGAGAAAUGUGCCAUCUCCGGGCAAACUUCACUGUCUAUCAUCCAGGAGAUUGUACAGGUAAUUUUGCUUGUGAGUCAUUAUAUUUUGUUGCAUUCUUUAGAUAAGUAAGUUCUUCAAUGUUUACUGGCCCCCUGCGGUGUGAAAAAUCUCAUAGUUGAAUAAACCUCCUCAUGAUUUUGACUCGUGAGUAACGUUUGAUGUUACCAACAAGGCAGUGUUUAAAUACGCUGACGUACCUUCUCAAAAAUUUGGUUCCAAUUUCCUUUUAAAUUCAAUCUUGAUGAAAGCUUAGUUAAUAGAGGCUUUAUAGUUUCUAGUUGCCAAGCUCUGCUGUCUUCUUUGUGGCUUAAAUUCAAUUCAGUCUUGGCUGGACAUUUUUUAACCAAACAGUCUUACAAGUUUUUGUUGUUGUUGUUGUUGUUAUUGUUUGUUUUCAGGAUUCCCUUCCCAAAAAGGCCGUCAUCGCCUCAGUCACAACCCAGUCUGGGCUGAAGCAGUUUGCGAACAAGUUCCACUGGAACCUUACGUCUUUUAUCCUGAUAAACCGGUUCAAAUACAGGUUUCUGUCAAUCACGUGAACUUCUCAGACCCAGCCUAUGUUCACGAGGCAGUGGUUGCUUGGGUUGAAGACAUCAUGGGGAACAAUUUCACAGUGUGUGUCACACAGGCUGGUAGAAACGAGAAGAGAAAUGGAGAAACGUUUGCCACAGUGGACUGGCUGGCAUACCAGGGAGCCCCUGACGGGGGAGUGUCGGGUGAAAUGGACAUGCCAACCUGGUGGACUGGGACGAGCUGUCGUACAGUGUCUCUACCCUCGGUGAGUUCAAUUUGCAGUAUUCUCAAGUUCAUAUAUAAGAGUGUCUUUUAAGGUGGCUCCGUCAUUGAUACUGGAUCAUUUAGCUCUGUGUGACAAAUUUUCCGUCAUAACUUUUUCGUUUUUAACGCGAUGGCUGCGAAACUUUGCAAAGAACAACAGAUGUCAUUCGGCAAUAGUAAGAAAUAUUCCGAUUUCAUUGAUGGUAAAUAUUUCUUGAGAAAUAAGCGCUUAAAAGGACCCUACUGUUCAAAGAAAAUCGCGUCUAGUAAACAAUUUGGUGAUAUUUUUUACUGAAAUUUCUGGUAUUGGCUUUUAUUGAUACAACUAAUUUUCCGGAGAAAUUUCCGAAAAAUCGUUGGAGCAGAAGUCCGCUACUAAAAGUCACUCAAAAUUCAGCUGUGAAAUUGUUUUGGAAUUUCAAAAAUAAAUUACUAUCAGGAAGAAGGAGCCACCAGUCCGAAUUUUCAGGACAAGUAAAUUCAAUGUUUGCUAAUUCUGAAACAAAAGUCGGUUGCCUAUCGUGCUAUUCUUUGAAAGGUACUUUUUAGUUUUAGAAGGACUAUAAAUUGCUCCAAACCUUGCUCUGACGUCGAAUGACUUGUUCCUCGACAUUUUAAAAUACUCUUUGGCAGUUUUGGUUCAAACUCCUGCUACGUACAUUUUGAUGUAUUGCAAUGCAUCCUCAACGGCUCUUCCUGCUGUACGUUGCUUCCAAUUCAGGGAAAAGGUAUUGGGAUUGUAAGCUACCUUGUAUUGAAGCUCAGAUAGAACUGUCCAGCACCUUUGUUUAUGAGUAGAAAAUGAGUACGAGCGGCAGCUCUGCGAGGAUAUUCGCACCUCAGCCGGGGGGGACGAAUGACGAACCGAUCUGUGUAAACAUGUAUUGCAGAGCAAAACAUAAUAAUCAAGAAAAAACUACCCAUUCAUUGAAGGAAGGAGUGACAAAAAUUUCGGAGUUGUAAAUUUAUUCACGGGCAGUAUUUUUGCGAUAAUUUUAGUUUGCACCGUGAUAUAAUUCGGUUCACAGGCAUGGACAUCAUUGUCGUUCGUUCCCCCUCGGUGAGGUGCGAAUUCCAGCAGGACUGCUACUCAUGCUCAUUUUGUAGUCACAGACAAAGGUGCUGGACAGUUUUAUCUGAGCUCUGAUACAAGGUAGCGUCCAAUCUCAAUACCUUUUUCCUCGGAAGCAACGAACAGGAGUUAAAGGGACUGGUUCACGAUAAUGCGCAUGUGUGAGUUCUGGCAGUAGCUGAUUGUUUUUCAACCAAUCGGAAGCGAGUUAGAUGCACGCAAGUAAAUUUACAAAAUUCAAAUUAAUUGUUCGGGCAUUUGGUUUGAUUUUAUUUAUCUCCAUAAUUCAAGUUUGUUCUUUGCUACUCCUCAGAUAUAUGUUGCAGCCGAUAAGAAUAAGAUUUACAGCCCUGUCCUGCUUUGAAACAAACAUUUACCAACGUGUAUUUUUUCGAGGUCGUACCCACGCUAACAAAACAGUCACCGAUCGGCAAACAAAAUUUGUAAACAAACAUCUUAUUACUGUUCUCUCAGUUCGCCUUAUAUAAACCCAGAAAUACCUACAAAUAGCGCCUGACCGGUGACAAAAACACGCAACGUAUGAGUGUAAAGAUUAUCGUUAAUUGAACAUAAAUUUCAAUUGCUUAUCAGCGGGUGUUACUAAACAGAGUAACGCAGUAACGAGUAACGAGUAACGGAGUAACGAGAAAACGAGUAACGGGAUAAAAAUUCAAGAGGUUAAAAAAAUAAAUAAAUAAAUCCUAAUGAAAGAAAAACAUAAAAAUAUGGCUGUAAUAUCCCAAUAAUGACCUUUGCCAAUCUCAAAAAAUAUGUGUAUUCCAAAAAGUGCUUAAAACAACGACGUCAACCCCCUACCCCUCUCUCCAGCAAAGUCGAAGGUAUUUGUCACCUGGCUACGGCUGUUGUUUGCAAUUGAAUAUGCCUAUCCAGCAGAUAGAGUUAACAAAACGUUCCGUUUAUCAUUCACCCUAAAAGGUUAUUUCCUACAGCCGGGGAUCAGGAAGACUAUUUUAAAAGUGCCGCGUUUCUAAACAAUUGUCACAAAUCAUUGAAUAUGUACAACUGAAAUGAGUAGUACCGUAAAUCCUCUAUUAAAGGGACUGGUUCACGAUAAUGCACAUGCGCGCCGUUUGUCUCUUCAGAAUAAAUUUGUUGGGUCAACACCAAAUUCGAAAUCGCCAUUACCGGUACAAUCAUUGAAAAUCCUUCGUUUUAUUCGGACAUCCGUCGCUUUGGCUGGUCUAGUUAUACUUCGGUAGUGGUGAUUAACGUGUGGUUGUGUCGUUUGACUGGUUACGUUUUAAGAAGACGCAAAAAAUAAGGUUUUUAUCAUGGAGGUUCAGAAGAGCAUCGUGGCCGUCCGGCAUCAGGACGUUCUCAAGAGUCUUUGGAGAUAGAGAAGCUUAGCCUAUCGAUCUGGUAUGGUUCUGGGAGUAGUGUGUGGCUUACGAAAAGUAUAUACGACACUUGGAAAGCGGUUAAAGGCAUGAGUUUGUUCAACUUUGAUUUGAUUUUUGACUCCGACCUGUAGUUAUACCGCAACAGGCCGCGCGAUCUUCACCGAUCUGGUACACUUGAAAUGUUCCUUGUAUCUUUGCUUUACGAUCGUAUAUGUUUAAGAAUUGAUGUUUUUAAAAUAAAUUAUUGCCUGAUCAUGAGUAUUCUGUUUAUAAUCUAGUUUCUUUAUGUGUGCUACUCGAUAACAUUUGUUUUGCGGAACACUGAUCCGAUGCAACGCGAAUGAAUUUGUUCAUUUUCUGAUAAGCAAAAAAAAAUUUAUGCUCAAUUAAGGAUAAUCUUUAUACUCAUACGUUGUAUGUUUUUGUCACCGGUCAGGUGCUAUUUGUAGGUAUUUCUGGAUUUAUAUAAGGCGAACUGAGAGAACACUAAUAAGAUGUUUGUUUACAAAAUUUGUUUGCCGAUCGGUGACUGCUUUGUUAGUGUGGGUACGACCUCGUAAAAAUACACGUUGGUAAAUGUUUGUUUCAAAGCAGGACAGGGCUGUUAAUCUUAUUCUUAUCGGCUGCCACAUAUAUCUGAGGAGUAGCAAAGAAUAAACUUGAAUUAUGGGGAUAAAUAAAAUCAAACCAAAUGCCCGGAAAUACUCUCGCGUCGCGAACAAUUAAUUUGAAUUUUGUAAAUUUACUUGCAUGCAUCUAACUCGCUUCCGAUUGGUUGAAAAACAAUCAGCUACUGUCAGAACUCACACAUGCGCAUUAUCGUGAACCAGUCCCUUUAAGCCCCCCCUCUCAAAUAAGCCCCCUCCCUCUAAUAAGCCCCCCCUCCUUUUCAGGGGAAGAAAGUUAAUAAGCCCCCCCUCCCCUCCCCUAUUUAUUCUUCAGUAAUAAAUGAUAGACUGUAUCAAUCAACCACGACUGUAAAACUUCGUGUGGAGUGAUCCAGGAUGGUUUAGUUACUAAGUGGAAGAGCGGAUUUGAUUCUGAUCCUCAGCUGCAUGACCUAAAACUUCUUGUACUUGAGCUUUUCCUUUUUGCAAUCUAGUUCUUUAUGGAGAACUGAUACUAUUGUCGUUUUUAAAUUAAAUAAGCCCCCAUCUCAAAUAAGCUCCCCGUCUCUAUUAAGCCCCCCCCCCCCUCAAAUGGGCUUGAAAUAAAUAAGCCCCCCCCGGGGGCUUAAUAGAUGAUUUCCGGUACCCAGAUAGUAGCAUUAGUAUCAACAUCGCCAUCUGCAUCAAUAACAUUGUUUUCCGUAUGAUUUAUAAUUUGAUCCCGCGGUAUACGUUGUGCUUAUUGAGAUCAUGAAGAAAAGAAAGUUUUUGCGACGCAUUCUUUUUUAGACAAGGCAUGGGACUACCCUAAGUUUUCAAGGUUUCGUUGUGAACGAUUGUUAUAACUAAUGGAUUAAUUAAAUUUUGUAAGAAGAUUAAGGAAAGUACUUCUUAUGCCAAAUGCAGGUCCCUCUUCGUAGUCGCAGGAUUGUAAAAAGAUUUGCAAACUUUCUAAGUUUAGGAAAACACGUAGAAACCUCCGUGACAGUUGUUUUUGAAUAGCGUGACAAUCCAUGCUGAAAUAGUUGCUAAUGAUGUAAUGGUCUAGAACUGGUAACGUAAAGGAUCAUGGGAUUGUAAAACACGUGCGAGAUCGAAGAAGACAAGAAUGUCUGUAGAAAGUUGUUCCUGUUGAUGUGAUUAAACCAAAGAAAACGAGUCAGAUAGUUAUUUGAUGUCUCGUGUUGGUAUCUUAGCGUUCACGGAAUCGAACAGUCCUAAUACAAGAGAUUGAUCGUCAAAGCAAGUCUUGAAGAAGACACGAUCAUUCCUUUCCCGAGGGGAUCAUAAGUGGGAGAACACAGAAGUGGAAACGAGGGCUCUUCUACGAUUUCAAAAUACUAUUAGUUGUUGUUAUCUUAGCUCAGGCGUUUCAUAUAACACACCAAUAUUUAUUUUUAAAGUUUGCCGAAACGUGACCAGAAGUGGAAAGCCUUGACAGAAUUCAGCGGUGACAGGGGCGUAGCUGCCUGCCAUCCCUUAAGCCCUGGCUUAACAAAUUAAAAUUUGGGUCACAAUGAGUCCAUGUAAUUGCAUGUUAUCAGGGCGUGAAAUUGCAACUAAUACAAGCACCAACGUCUGUAUGACCAUCAUGCAAAAUGGCACAUAUUUCACUAGGAAACUAUGUCGCUGGCGAACACCAAGUAGAUAUGUAGGGGUCCUCUUUGCUUACUUUGAUUACCUGCUAGAAUCGUUUGGGUUCAAAACUUGUCAAUUUGGAGGAUCUCAGCUCUAAAAUAACAUCUAGUAAACCGGCCGUUUUCUCCUUGUUUGUUCUAUUUCUUCUUGUUUGUUUCGUUUAUAUUUUUUUUCUGGGGACUCAGGACUUAUUCGACUUAUGGAAUUGGCUACCACUUUGAAAUGUUAAGUAGCCAAGUGGAUCCUACAAAAACGAGUUAAUUUAAUGCCCUGUCAGUAACAAUGUUUCGGUUGUUCUGAAUUUUUUUGAUGUUAAACGUAACUUCGAGCAAACCAAUCCAUUUGAAUGUUUCUUUACUUUACUUUAAUUGAAAAUCGAUCUCAAAACCAGUCUCGCUCUGCACUCUAUUUUGCCGUCAAUAUUCAAAUUUCAGAAUCAUUAUUUCAUCGGGAGGUUAUUUUUAAACAUGAUUUAUAAUUGCUUUUAAACCGGUAGAAAAGUUCACUAUAAUUAACUUUUGGAAGGUAGUAUUAAGUCGAAUCCCGUAUUUUCGAGAGGAGUUAAAAGACUAGACAUUAGCCAGACAUUGAAAGUUGAGCAGGAAAGGUAAUAACCCCGGGAGUAAUAAACGAGCAUACUGUUUCUAAGCCUUGGCAAUCGAGUACAUUUAAUUGGUUAGUUGGUAACCGUAAUAAGGGCCCAACAACGUUCUAUUAUUUUGAUUUACCUGGCAGAGCUUUUUCUUCUAACAAAUGAAAUUAUUUGUGACAGUUAGAAAGAAAAUCUGUACUUCACCUUCCUCCAUGCAUGGUUGUUGCUCCUUGGUCUCCUCGUGGGUGUGAGAAAAUAACCAUUUGACCUACACUCAUCCAAACCUCUUAUUUCAUUGGUUCUUGUAACCUGCACUACCUAUUGUUUUCAGGGAUAGGGGCAGGUGACUUUUUCGGCGCGAAAAUACGUUCGACUUUGCUGGAGGGAGGGAUGGGGGGUUGACGUAGUUGUUUUAAACACUUUUUGGAAUACACAUAUUUUUCGAGAUUGGUAAAGAUCAUUAUUAGGUUAUUACAACCAUUAUUACGUUUUUUUCUUUCAUUAGGAUUUAUUUAUUUAUUUUUUUAAUUUCUUGGAUUUUUAUCCCGUUACUCGUUUUCUGGUUACUCCGUUACUCGUUACUCUGUUUAGUAACACCCCUUAUCAGCAAAUGAACAAAUUCAUUCGCGUUGCAUCGGGUCAGUGUUUCGCAAAACAAAUGUUAUCGAGUAGCACACAUAAAGGAACUAGAUUAUAAACAGAAUAUUCAGGCAAUAAUUUAUGUUAAAAACAUCAAUUCUUAAGAGCCAUUUUCUGAGAAAAUCGAGAAUCGCAAGACACUCGUCCAAAAAUCGAAUUUUUUAUUAUUUUGCCAAAACAUCCCUUUUAGUGACCUAAUUUAAGGAAAAAUAGUUUUGGGUUCAAACGAUUCAUUUUAAAGGAGAAAUUAAAAAAAGUUUGAAAAAUCGAUUUUAUUCCUGUUUUUCGAACAAAACACGGCAGGAUGCAAUGGCAACUUCGAGAGAAGGGUGAACGCGUAAGAAACAUUCCCUCACACUGAAACUUCACCGAAUUAUUAUUUUGUUCUUACUCUUGAAAACCUUAAAAGAAAAUUUGAAAAACAAUGUCUUAUAUUUUUAUAAUCGACAAGUGUAAAGAGGUCAUAUUUGUGACGUUGGACGUGCUAGAAAAUGAAGGCCAACUUUGACUAUUAAAAAAGGCCUCUGGUAUAUGCCGCUUGAUCAUAAAAUCAAUAUAAAAUGGAACCUUGGCAUUUGUACUAACUUACUUGAAAGUUUUAGCUCUGGAAAUCAAAUACCAUCCUGACACCAAAGCAAGCGGUGAGAGCAAUUGAAUUGGGAAAUUUAUGCAAAUUAGACGGCUUGCGGACGGUUGUCAAACUAAAAGAAAGGUUUUACAUGAAAGGAUUACUCACCAUUGCUUGUAACACGUUUUUACGGCAAGGAAAGUUAUUUCCAACUUCUGUUGCGUCGGUUUGAGUCACAAAAUCCAUAAUUUUAAGCCAAAAGGUCCAAAAGACAAACGUACGUUUGCUCAGCGACAGCGCCAGAAUCCGGCCGUGAAUCGAAAUAAAGUCACAACACGUCACUGCGGUCCUUUAGAAGCAAGAGUUGCAAGAGUUUUUACUUCAGUCAGGAGGCCAAAAGAUUGAAAAUUCAUCGCAAACUAAUGACUUCGAUUUUGAAAACCUUUCAUCACGUCGAUCGUUUGCCGGCUGAUAAUAAACAUCGCACAAGAUCGUAUGACCUUUGGCGUGUGACCGGAAAUCGGUCACACGCUUAAGUCACGUUAGCAUAAUGUCACGAAUUUUAAAACGAUUUUUCACGUUUGCUUUCGACAAAAAAUAGACUCAUCGCAAUAAAAUCAGGCCUGCUUUAUUUACUUAUUUUUUAAUUUCUUUUAUAGCCUGCAGAACUUGUUCCCCAUGCAUCGCGCGUGUCUCGCGCCCCCAGUCCGCUUCACAGUGCUAGCGUGAAAAGCGCAAAAAACUGAAAUUGACUCCUGUUCUGCAAUUGAUUUCUUUUAUAGACACCUUAUAGGCAUUUACAGGCUGUGAAAAAAGUGUAUUUAUUAUUAUUAUUAUUUUUUGAAGUGCCACGUCCUUUUCCUAUAAAUUUCAAACGUGACUGCUAAAAGACUGUUUGGAACCCAUGGAUGGAGAAAAGCUGUUCCGGAGAGAAGGUCAACCUUCCCGCCGAGCCAACUUUUGCGAGCGUUUAUAUGAGGAAAAAACUGACCACUUUGUCCGAGUCAACAGUGCUUGCGCAUGCUGUCUUUGUCUAGCCUUGACCGUGUUGUCCCAGCUAGCUGGGCGAGCCAAAGUGGAGAAAUAUUAGCCGGGCUAGAAGGGUGAGGCCACCACUACCGGCUCAGUGGAGGGCUGACUUCCGGAAGCCCUCAACCCCGCCCACUACUGGUAGUAAGGCGUCUAUCCGAACCAACCUUUUGUUUCUUAUGUAAAUGGCUUAGCAAGUUUUGUAAGGAAAUUGAGGACAAGUUGGCUCGCCCAGGGUAGCUUGGGAGGUGAGUAAACACCAGAUAACCCCAAUAAUAAGCACAAACUUUGAUUGUCAGUUAGAUGUCUACUAUUUUAAGUAAGUCACCUUGCAUGUGAUUGUCGCAUCCAUGCCCCCUUCCAGAUCCCCUUUAUUAUCGGUAAGCCUCUGAUAGGUCAAAGUAAUACAGUCGUACCUCCAGUAAGCGACCACCAAAAAUGCAAAGACUUAGUGGUCCCUAACGGGAGGUGGUCGUUUAGAAGAAUCGGACCACAUGGGGUCUAUUCCGAGAAGAGGUCCAGGCACAUUCUAUUAAAUGGCGGUGUAACAAAUUCCUGGCAAAAUAUUAUCUUUUACCUCUUUCGACAAAUACAGCUUUUAAAUCAUGCUCAAUUUAAAGAGAGAUUCAGGUGAGUGAGAUAUAGAAUAGUCUAGAAUCACAACAGUAUCUUCACUUUGUUGGCUACAUCUACUAAGUUAGGAUAUGUGUAGUUCCACGAUGUCACUAAAGGUCUUCAUAUUUUCUAAGGAACAUAGUGCACACAGCAAAAAUAGAGAGCAGAGAAUACGUCAGCUGGUCGCUCAUGGAAAACAAUUAACCGUGACGCCCAAAAAGUGGUCGCAGUCACUUACAGAAGGUGGUCGUUUACUGGAGGUUCCAACUGCAAGGCUUUGACUGGGAAAAUUUGGUCUUUUGGAUUGGCGGUCGCACAUGGAGGUUCGACUGUGUUAGGUCUAUUAGAGUAUAAGCCACCAUCACCUCACUGUGAGUGACGAGAGCCAGGAAAGUAUAGUAUACACUCCCUUAGGAUACACAGAAUCGUUGUUUUGAGGUCCCGUUUAGCGAAAUGGAUCAUUCAAGGGAGGUGCUGAAGUCCCAUAGUGAAAUUUAUAAGGUUUAUGGGUUUUUAGUGCAAGACGAAACACAAUACUUAGGGCCCUGUUGUUCAAACGUUGAACAACAGGAAAUCACUAUCAAGCGAAUAAGAAGAAGCAAUUGCGUUACUUAUUGGAUAUAGUUAUCCAGGGGAAAGCGUUAGUCCCGGGGGCGUUAGUCAACUUUUCGAACAUACAGCCCCUCAGUCACUCUCCUCCGCAGACUUACCUUGGGCGACCAGGAUAGGGGAAUAUAAUACUCGACCUUCCUUGCAUCAUCGCGAGAGCCUAUAGCCUUCACUUUCUUUUGACUCGUCCUACAAACCUACCCAACGUUCGUGGGAAAGGAAGGUCUGCUUGCGAGGCUUGGGAAUCUAGGGAGACUAUGGUAGCAAGGUGCAAAUAGCCGGGAUGAGCUACUUUGUCCACACGAACCGAGAGGAUUGGGUCUGCUAGAAGAAAUCAGGUGUAGCUUUCUGUGAUAAGUAAUAUUCCAACAGUAUAGGAUCAUAGUUUGAAGCCAUUUCACAAUCACUAGUUUCCGCGCACCUCUACCGGCGAGUUGUGGACAAAAGCAGCUGAUAGCUGUAUGCGAACCUUUUUUCCACAAAAUGGUUUCUGGGUUUUCGUAUUCGACAGUGUCAUGUAUUGAUUUUUUUUAAUCUUAGUCGAGGUCUUUUUAAUUAUGUACUGUCUAUCUGACUGACUGUUUCUUUGUGUUUUUUUUUUCUGGUAAUGACAGGUUUCAUAAUUUGGUCCUGAUUGGGGUUAUAGGCCCCUGAUCGUGAGCAAAUAGCGAAAAAAUCAACAAGCAAAACCAAAGUGAACUAUAGCGUUGAGUCCGUUGGCCACGGAGAAUUGGUAUUAUUCUGCAAGUUCUUUACUACAGCAAGAGAGUAUACUCCCUUGACUAUGGGACAUUAGGGACCUUAAGCAUCGACAACUAAGCGGACGACGACGACGCUUUCCAACCGAGGCAGACUGGGCCAAGGGUUUCGUUUUCGGCGGGGAAAACGAAGUUUAAGCAGUGCAGCUUCCCAGACGGACCACGACUUUUUCUUUGCGAAGAACUUUGUCUUGUUACAGUCUUGUUAGGGCAUUCAAAGACCUCCGUAAUUUGCAUUUAUAAGGUAUGAAGAUGGAUUAAUCGACGAUGGCGAAUUCAUUGUUCUUUAGGACCUGGAUUAUUUGAUUGUGGAGGCUUUCUCUUCGUCGCGCAGCUUUUGUUUUUGUUUUGAAAUGAAUUUAAACCUGUAUACCGAUCUCGAACAGCUCUUGACUUGCAGUUAAGCUAAAUUUCGGCUGCUGAAGAGAAUUCAGUGCUGCUACAAUGUUCUCCCAUAUUUGUCCUCUCUAAGGGCUCCUAAUAACCACAUCAUGUUCCAGCUGAGUCCACUGGAAAAUAGUUGCCUUUAACAGCGGCUAAAAACAACAUGGGAAAUUAUUAAAUCUUAGUACGAAAAAAUGAACAUUUAUCCUAUAGCACAACCUAGAAUGCAUGAGUAAACAUAGGACCGUAAGGGAACGAACAGCAGCUAAUCUUAAAGGUUCGGAAGAUAGCAGAGGAAGGCUUACUUGUCUGUCCGACUUGUUGUUCCGCCAUCACUCAGGUUUUUAAACAAACCGAACCUGAAAAAUAAAUUCAAGUUAGCAGGCGAAGAAACCGACAAAGUGUUUAACAUUUGGAUUCUGCUAAUCCACAAAGAAUAUAUUUCUACUUGUACUGAAUGACAAGAGGGGGAAAGAGUGAUUUACACGCAAAAAGUAUAGUUUUAUACUUACGUUUUAGCGACGACGGCAAACCUCCCUGAAUUACGUCGUCGACGAAGGCUGGACGACGUUUUGACAACCUUACGCAUGCCUAGAAGGUUCGCGCGGGAAAAUUUCACUUCCGGUCGGCGUCGUCGUCCCAUUUCGUCGUCGAUGCUUAAGGUCCCUAUUGGGCCGGGGGAACUUAGUAUUUUGACCCGGCAUAGGGGAGGGGGGGAGGGGGAGGGGAGGGGGAGGGGGUACUCUGGCCAGAUUCCAAGUCACGGGGAUGAUCGAAGUAUGUUUUUUUCUUGGUUUGAAAAUAUUUUGAACAAAUUUUUUUUUUAGCUGUGGCUUUACUUAAGUAUUCAAAAUAUUCGUUCUUUUUUGGUCUUAAUUUUCGCUUCCACGGAUCACUCACGACACUUGGAAUCCGAGGUAACCCUCCUGUUUAGUACUUCGAAGGCAAAAAAGCUGUUUCAAAGCCUAGUAGGUAAAAAAAAAGAAAAAUAAAUAUGCAUGGAUGUUUCUACUGCGAUGAGAGGAUUUCUUGUCAAAAAAUGUGAAAACUGUAUUAAAAUUGCUGACAACAGCUACGAAAAUUUCGUGACAGCAUGCUGACGUGACUAAAGUGUGUGACCAAUUUCCGGUCACACCAAAGGUCAUACGAUCUUAUGCGAUGUUUAUUAUCAGCCGACGAACGAUUGAAGUGAUGAAAGGUUUUCAAAAUCGAAGUCAUUAGUUUGCGAUGAAUUUUUAUUCCUUUUGCCUCCUGACUGAAGUAAAAACUCUUGUAACUCUUGCUUCGACGUGUUGUGACUUUAUUUCGAUUCACGGCCGGAUUCGGACGCAGUUGCUGAGCAAACGUGCGUUUGUCUUUUGCUAAAAAUUAUAUAUUUUGUGACUCAAAACGACGCAACAGAAGUUGGAAAUAACUUUCCUUGCCGUGAAAACGUGUUACAAGCAAUGGUGAGUAAUCCUUUCAUGUAAAACCUUUCUUUUAGUUUGACAACCGUCUGCAAGCCGUCUAAUUUGCAUAAAUUUCCCAAUUCAAUUGCUCUCACCGCUUGCUUUGGUGUCAGGAUGAUAUUUGAUUUCCAGAGCUAAAACUUUCCAGUAAGUUAGUACAAAAGCCAAGGUUCCAUUUUAUAUUGAUUUUAUGAUCAAGCGGCAUAUACCAGAGGCCUUUUUUAAUAGUCAAAGUUGGCCUUCAUUUUCUAGCACGUUUAACGUCACAAAUAUGACCUCUUUACACUUGUCGAUUAUAAAAAUGUAACGCAUUGUUUAUCAAAUUUUCUUUUAGGAUUUUCAAGAGUAAGAACAAAAUAAUAAUUCGGUGAAGUUUCAAUGUCAGGGAAUGUUUCUUACGCGUUCACCCUUCUCUCGAAGUUGCCAUUGCAUCCUGCCGUGUUUUGUGCGAAAAACGAGCAUAAAAUCGAUUUUUCAAACUUUUCCUAAUUUCUCCUUUAAAAUGAAUCGUUUGAACCCAAAACUAUUUUUCCUGAAAUAAGGUCACUAAAAGGGAUGUUUUGGCAAAAUAAAAAAAAAUUCGAUUUUUUGACGAGUGUCGUGCGAUUCUCGAUUUUCUCAGAUAAUGACUCUUAAACAUAUACGAUCGUAAAGCAAAGAUACAAGGAACAUUUCAAGUGUACCAGAUCGGUGACGAUCGCGCGGCCUGUUGCGGUAUAACUACAGGUCGGAGUCAAAAAUCAAACCAAAGUUGAACGAACUCAUGCCUUUAACCACUUUCCAAGUGUCGUGUAUUCUUUUCGUAUGCCACACACUACUCCUAGAACCAUACCAGAUCGAUAGGCUAAGCUUCUCUAUCUCCAGAGACUCUACUGAGAACGUCCUGUUGCCGGACGGCCACGAUACUCUUCUGAACCUCCAUGAUCAAAACCAUUAUUUUUUGCGUCUUCUUAAAACGUAACCAGUCAAACGACACAACCACACGUUAAUCACCACUACCACUACUAAGUAUAACUAGACCAGCCAAAGCGAUUGAUGCCCGAAUAAAAGGAAGGAUUUUCAAUGAUUGUACCGGUAAUGGCGAUUUCGAAUUUAGUGUUGACCCGACAAAUUUAUUCUGAAGAGAGAAACGGCGCGCAUGCGCAUUAUCGUGAACCAGUCCCUUUAAAGUCGUUGAAAUUGCAUUGCAAUACAUCAAAAUGUAUGUGACAGGAGUUUGAGCCAAAACUGCCAAGGAAUAUUUUUAAAAUGUCGAGGAACAAGUCAUUCGACUUCAGAGCAAGAUUUGGAGCAAUUUCUUGUGCUUCUAAAACUAAAAAGUACCUUUUAAAGAAUAGCACGAUAAGCAAUCGGCUUUUGUUUUAAGAAUUAGCAAACAUUGAAUUUACGUGUACCGAAAAUUCAAACUGGUGUCCCCUUCUACCUGAUAGUAAUUUAUUUUUGAAAUUCCAAAACAAUUUCACUGCUGAAUUUUGAGCGACUUUUAGUUGCGGACUUCUGCUCCAAAGAUUUUCCUGAAAAUUGGAUUUUCAUUUAUUAUUUAUUGCCUCCUUGACUAGACCUUUUGAUAAAAUUUAUUUACAUAAAAUACUUUUUUCCUACCAUAAACUAUAAAUUGUUGGACUUAUAUAGCUGUCUUAACAUGGCAUAUUAUUUAAGUAAUUCGUACAUGAUAUCACCGUUUCUUUUUUCUUCAAAAAUAUAACAAGUAUUUCGAUUUUUAGGUUCGAAUUUAUUAAAAAUAUAUUUGAAACCUCUUUCUAACAAUGUUGCUUUUCCCUCGAUUGUCGUCAUCACAGAGAAAGUUUACUUCAGCGCCCACAGUCCUAGUGUCAGUGGAGCAUGAAAGGCGCGGUGUAAAGCAUGAUGCCUCCUCUGUGUGGGUUGAAGAUGUAACGACAACCUCCUUCAAGAUCUGCGUCUGA